AUAAUAUUCUCCUAUAAUUUUACUAACACUAAUUAUGAUUUGAAAGAUAUCUUAUAAAUAUUAUAAAUAUUAUAAUUAAUAUAAAUUAUAUUUAAACCUAGUAAUUAAAACAAUACAUCAAUGAUGGACACUGUAAUGAUUGAAGAAAAGGACCUUCAAUUAGAAGUCCAAAAAAAUAAUAAAAUCACUAAAACAUUACGAGAGCAAAUAAUUGAUCAUAUUGUAUUAAAUGCUUUGAAUAGUGAUUUUAUAAGUCAACAAAUGGACCAAUCAGAAUUUUCACUUGAAGAAAGACGAAAAAUUGCCGAAGACAUUAUAAAUGAUAGUCACUCAAAAUUUUUAUAUGUCUUUGGUGAUUAUUUAUUAGAAGAUCACUUAGAAUACUUUAAAUCUAGAAAUAAUGACAAUUAUGAAAUACAUUUUCAUCUACACAGAUUAAGCCGCUUAAUAAAUUCUAAAAAAAUUAUUAGUAAAAAUCGACGUUAUCAAGCAAUGCUUGAACUUCUUAAAGGCGAUUACUUUAGUGAUAAUGAGAUGCGAAAUAGAGAACCUUUGCUAUGGGAACAACUGGUUGGACAAUAUCUAUCAGAAGAAGAAAAAUUCAACUACGACAAUCAAUAUUUAGCUCAAAAUUCGUUAACUGAAGUUUUAUUUGAGCAAAUUGAUCGUGAUAAUAGAGAUGAUUUAAAACGCAAACAACAAAUAGAGGAAGUUCAAGAAAUAGAUGAAGAAGAUGAAAAAUGUGGUAAUGAUGAUAAUGAUGAUGAUGAUGAUGAUAUGUCAAAUAAAUCAUUAAUGGUUAUGGAAGUUCAUAAACCAUCAGCAUUUUGGGGUGAAUAUAGUAAACCAAAAAAUGAAACAGUUAAAAUUGGCAAACGUCGAUGGAAAGAAGAUCAUUUCCUCAAUUUAGAACAGUGUAACAACAAAGAACUAAAUGAUAAAGAAAAACUCCUUUUAUUAAAUGAAUUUAAAUCUCAUAUGAUUCAAAAAUUCCUUAAUGGCCAAGAAGAUUAUGAUUAUAAUAAUGUGGAUAAUAAUCCAGAAUAUGAUAACUUACACAUUAAAUCCAUUGACGAAGAAGAAAAAUACUUUGAUUCAGAAAUUCCUAUUGAAGAAACUCCUGUUAAAAAAGAUGACAUGGAAUUAGAGCAUCCUAUAGAAAGUGAUGAAGAAGAUGAAUUAGAUACUUAUAUGAAUAUGCUACAAAAAAAUGAAAUUACUGAUAGUGUGGCAAAUAAAUUAAAACAUUUAUAAAAUAUUAGAACUCCUACUGGUUAUUUGAAUUUAUCAUUGAAUUCU